UUUAAAGUUUGGCUAAAGUUACUUGGGUCACCCUGUAUAAUAGCGAUAGCGCCCUAUCCACAACAGAUACAAAGCACGAUAAGUCAAGAAUGUCAUGUCAGUACUCUUGUUUAAGUUGCAACAAUCACCUUAAUUCUUUUUUUCGCUCGUUCUUGAGGUGGCGAGUAAACACGCGUCCUUUCUCUGAGGAGCACGUGCCCGCCUCUUCACGGAGUUGCGAAGACGAAGACGCCGACGAUGCGGUGCGCCGUUCUGCUGCAGCUGGCGGUAGCAGUCCUUCUGCUGCUGCUGCUUGGGCAGCCAGAGGCGGCCGCCGGGGCCCAGGGGCGCCGGGUCGUCCGCUACCGGUGCCAGUACCUUCGCACCCAAAACCGCACCAAGAUUGUGUGCAGCCCAAUCGAGGUGCACCAGCAGCAGCAGCCUGGCUCCUCCGCCUCCGCAUCCAUGCAGCCGGAAGCUUUCAACGGCCAGCGCGUUCAGAGGGGUCCCGUGUGCCGCAAGCUGCAUCAGCUCGCGGAGCGGCUAGCGCCGUUCGAAGAAGGAGCCUGGAAGUACUGCGACCCCACCAGCUGCCUGCGAGAGAGCCCUCACUGCACGAACAGCGUACUGAGCACCGAGUGCAGCCAGUGCCUGGGCCGCUGUUGGAUCAUGUACGCCUUUCCGGGCGCACGCGUGGCUCCGAACGCCAAGGAAUUCCCUUGCGAUCCACUCGCAUGCGGUGGAGACCAGGUUUUCUGUGGCGGAUACAAGUUUAAGGAUGACUAGUUAGCCCGCUGUAUCCCAGGAUUGACAAAGGCAGCUGCAUCGCUGCCUGUGAACCUCGGUAAAUAUCCUUGGCGAAGUCUGACAUCCCUGCAGUCUCUUCUGGUGGACCGACUUUCACGCAGUGACGCGUCGGAUUUGCCGGUGAACUGUGACAGCCGUCAUGGCGAACUCAUCCGUGUUCCGACCUGCGGCCGCUUAAAUUUCUUCUGAUAUUUCGUUAAUAUACGCCCUUACUUAGUACAACUGGGUAAAGCGACAAAAGUUUAUCAUGUCGUGCUGUGGGGGAAGACAACCCGAGGUGCUUUUCAUAUAGCUGACGUCAAAAGGUAUUGAACUUCGCUUUGCAAUGGCCGUCUUUGACCUUUUUAUAAGUAGGUUGUUCGCUAGUGGCUGCCUGUCUUCGCACAUUAAUGCGUGUAUAUUAAUGAAUUUUUUAAAAUGUAGUACGCAGCUCAUAGAAUACGCUAAUGACACCUGUUAUAGCUUCAGAGACAACACAAUUAAGAAUACGAUCGCGCUCACACCUGUCAUUUUAUGAGCAUCGCAAUGGAUGGGUAUUAAAAGCAUCUCGACCACUACAGGCUUGCGCAAAUCAGACCGUAUAUGCCACCCACACUUUCAGUGCUUAGCCAGUCUUAUGACCAGUGCCCAGUGAAAUGAACGCGAAGAAAUGUCCGAAUAUCCUUCCAUAUUUUGAUCCACCAAUAGUCACCUCGAUUCAAACAAUUUAACUUCAAUAUCUUUCCUACUUUAUUGAAAAAUAAACGCGUCUAAUAUGGACCCAUUAGGCUGGCAACUGAUGCAGAAUGGUUGCACUGCGUUGAGUUGCGCACCAGCUCACAUUGAAUCUGAAAUGUGCUGAAAAGUCUUCCUUUAACUGAUGUGCCAUACCGUAUGGCAGGCGCAAUGUCCCGUCCAAUUAAGUACCCGUAUACUGCCUACACAGAUGAGUGUUUUCUCUUGAACGUCCCUCUUCAUUGCUUGAGAUGCGCAGCACCUGCCAGUAUUACACGAAAAGUGCCAGGUUACACUAGUACUGAGUACUUGCCGCCAACUUUAACUUUAGUGCAGACACGCCAUUCUUCAGUCUCAUUUUUCUGAAUAGCAAUGUUAUUGCAGGUGCGGUUUAUUCUCACUUUUUGUAUUCUCACUAUGUCAAUUGGGCCCUCACAGGGGUAAAAAUGUAUGUACAAAUUUUUAUUGCAUAUCAUCCAGUCUACUCCAUCAACGUCUAUCAAUUUGUAUAUGAAUCUUUGUACUUAGUUUUUGCAGAAUUCCUCAGUCGACAAUGUUUAGCACCAGCAUAUGUGUAAAUGCCUCUACAAGCGAGUACUGUGGAGCGAGGAAGUAUGAAAAUACAGAUAUCU